AUGGUUGAUCAAAGACCUAUUAUUCUUUGGGCCCAUGCGAGGUCUCUUUCUACAGUCUUUGAAAGACCAUUUCUUCAACGUCCUCAAGAGUUCCAUGUUAUCCAUGAACCAUUUGUUCCAAUCGGUCAUGCGUACAUGACCAAUAACCAAGAAUUUUUAAAUAAAAUUCCAAUACCAAAACCUACUGAUCCGAUUACUUUUGUACACCACUUUUCACCUGUUCUUAAUGAAAUUCUUGCUCCUCAUUAUUAUAAUGAAGACAAAACACACAUCUUAAGGGUUUUUGUGAAAGAUCUUGCAACCAUCUUUUUACACGCAUCAGAAGGAAAUCCGUUACAAUCCAAGGAAAUUCUCACAAAAUUUAAACAUACUUUCUUAAUUAGAAACCCAGAAAAAUCAGUAAAAUCUUAUUAUAAAGCUGCAAUUGCUACAUAUAACGCUUGGGACAAGGCCGGCUUGCCUAAUUGUGAAAUAGUUGAACUUUUUUCCUCAAACAAAAUUGGGCUCAAAGAAUCGCGGAUCCUUUAUGAUUUAAUUAAGAAUGCAACCGAAGAAGCGAUUGCAUUGGUGGAUGCUGAUGAUUUAGUUCGAGAACCCGAAAAAAUUUUGAGAAAAUAUUGUGAGAUGGUCAAUAUAGAAUUCACAAAAGAAAUGCUUGAAUGGAAAUCAGAACGAGUAGAAAUAUGGGAUACAAAAAUGUCAGGCCUAUAUCACGUUCAAGAUUUAAAUUAUUUGUGGCAUAAGAAUGCGAUGCAAAGCACAGGAUUCGACAAAACAAUCAGUAAUGAUGAAGAAAUUGAAUAUCCACUAUAUGUUUACGAUAUAAUUACAGAAAACAAACCUCAUUAUCAAUACUUGUUUCAACAUAGAAUUAAAAUUUAG